AUGAGCGCUAAGUUCUUCGUUACCGUCGCUUCUGGCGCUUCUGCGCUUGUGAUCGUCGCCAGUUUGAUCUGUGUUGGAAUGCUUUUCCAAGAUAUCAACAAUCUCUACGACGAUGUUAUGGAUGAUAUGCAAGAAUUCAAGAUGCUCGCCAACGAAGCCUGGAAAGAAAUGGUAAUCCCAACCCCAUCAUCCAAAAUGAGCGACAUUGCCGGAACUAUCUUCGGACGUGACAAACGUGCUGCCGGUAGCUGCCAGUGCGGUUCUCAGCCCAACACCUGCCCACCGGGACCACCAGGACCACCAGGACCACCUGGAAAGCCUGGAGAGGACGGACCUAAGGGAGAUGAUGGCAAGCCAGGACUCCCCGGAAUUUCCCUCUUCUCACCCAAGGAAGUACCCGGC